AUGAGUGCGCUUCGGUACGCACCGUACUACGGCUUGCAGCAGAGCACUGCACCAUCACCUCCAUUGGGAUCCGCCAAUGUUGGAUUUGAUUAUGUGAUGGCGAUGCAUUGGAGCCAUCUAAGGCCACCUCCGGGCCACGACUCCUAUCCUGUAACCCCAGAGUCAUUCGUGACAGCCUCUCCCCCUCCUAACAUCAUAGUGCCCCUAUCACUCUUCCCAAUCAAUACCGAGCAACACCCGGAGACCUGGGAAUGGGCGGCGCAGGCGACGAGUUCGCCACUGCUCCCACCCCCGACCAUUCGCGAACCGAGCCCCUCUCCAUUAUUGCUGACUGUACCUCUCACUACGCCGGAGACUCGCCAACCAUCCCGCAAGGCUCACGUCGUUCCGCCGGACUUUCUCCACAAUUGUUUCCCCUUGGAUUCUGAAGCACAUGCUCAGAAGCGAAAGGCGCUUGCGGACGUGAUGACCGCCGACUGGAAAAAAGAAAACCGAAUGGAGCCUCAUGAAAGCCUCCUCCUCGACUUUAUGCGGCUGGACAGUCAACGAAACCGCUGGACGUGCAUCUUUUACGCUGGAGGUAGUCCAUGCGGGAGCUCAUACAAAAAAAAGGAUCAGGCCAAGGGUCACAUCCGUUUCCAUCUACAACAUUUCCCCUAUGCCUGUCUAGACGCGGGCCCGUGUCCCAUCAAAGGCAAGCAGUGUCGCAAGCGUUAUUGCGCAGCCGAACCGAGACAAAAGCACCGCUCAGUCAAGACCAAGUGCUCGCACUGCGGUAAACCCAUGCUACGGGGUAAUGUCAAACGACACCGAGAAACUGCCUGCACCCAGCAGGUGACCAACGGAAGCUCGCCCGAAUACUCUUCCUCGUCCUCACCACCUCACGAGUAG